AUGACUUUGUUGUUAUUACAAUGUGCAUUGUUGGUCACACUGAUGUCCACGUAUUCUAAUGCUGAUUAUGGAGAUAGUUAUAGAACGGCAUCAAGACAAAAUGCCGACUACAGUGGACUUCUUAAUGACAGAAAUAUUAAAACACAAGUUUCAUCAUCAUUCGUAGGCCGUCCAAUUGCCUUCGACACUGUACGAAGAAGCAAUGUUGCAAUGACACCACAAUAUGGUUUUGCAGCAAAGGAUGAAAUGCGACCAAGUUCCGGUUAUGCUCAGAGCCGUGUUUUGAACUUUGAUAAUGAAAGACGAACACUUCCAACAACUGGUUAUGGUCAAAUAAGUGUGAUGAGUUUUGAUGAAAAACCAAUAGUUCCACAAGGUCCAUCCCCAUGUUCGUCUGCAGCAAUUGGUCAACGUCUACCAAAUCCAGCUGAUAGAAGCAGUUACAUUGUCUGUCUUGAUAAAAUACGUUAUGAAGUUAUGUCAUGUCCAAUUGAAUUAGUAUUUAAUGACGUACUCGAUCAAUGUGAAAGAGUUACAGAUGAAGAAGCUGUGUGCAGAGAAAAUCCUUGCAUGAAUGGUGGACAAUGUUAUGCAACAUCACCUCAAACAUUCAAAUGUACGUGUUUGGAAGCGUUCACUGGUGAAAGAUGCGAAGUACCAAUUGGUAGUUGUGCAAAACAACCAUGUGGGCCUGAUGCUGAAUGCUGGACAUUGAGAGCCGAAGAUUAUCCACAAGAUUAUGUAUGUCUUUGCAACAGCAGACGGUCGUACGGUUUAAGUUGUAGUCAGACUGUUCCAGAUCCGUGCUCAGAAGAGAGUCGUGAACUCGUACAAUAUUAUCCAUUUGCCUUUAGUAAACAAGCCUAUGUUCAAUGCAAUGGUGAAAUCACUCAUUUCAGACCAUGUCCAUCUGGUUUAUUGUGGAGUCAAGAAGAAAAAGCAUGUAGAUGGCCAGAGAUGCCAACACAACAGCAAGAUUACGUUUCUCUGCAACGAGUAAAUACCUAUCAACAACGUCCACAAUAUGACCGUUCGAUUUCACAAAAUACAUAUGGAUCACAGUUUUCCGCACCGAGCAUUGACAGAAGACAACAAAAUGAUGUUACUUCACAAUCUUCAUAUCAACAACAGCCCAUUAACACCUAUGGCAGCAGUCAAGUCUUCGAUGUAAAAGAACAACAAUUUUUGGAUCAACAACGUAGACGACACAAGCAUCACCACUCACAUACUCAAAAACAAAGAUUAUUUGGUGAUGUUACAAGUUCAUAUGCAAAUCAUAAUCAACAACAAGAAGCAUACUUUCAGAAACAGCAAGUACAACCAGUCUCAUCGGUAGCUUUGGAUAUAAAUACAUACCGCAGUCAACCAUCAUCAAGUUAUGGAACAUCCAAUCUGUUAGGGCAGAAUGCUCAGAGCGAUAUGGUUUCAGCUCGUCGUGUUAAUUCUGGAUUAUUCAAUAGUCAAUCUCUACCACUAGUCCGAAAACAAUCAGAAUAUAGAAGAAAACGUCAAUACGGAAGUCAAGUCCAGCCAUUAGCCGAUAUCACCAUCCAGCAACCACUUGUCAGUUCUGGAUACGGUUCAUCAAGUCAAUUAAAACAACGUGACAUGCGAUUAUCUAGUGAUCUCGUGGGCCCAUCAAUAAGUCAGUAUGGCAGUCAACAAUCUUAUGGUGGUAGUCAAGUCCAGCCAUUAGCCGAUAUCACCAUCCAGCAACCAAUUGUCAGUUCUGGAUACGGUUCAUCAAGCCAAUUCAGACAAAGUGACAUGCGAUUAUCUAAUGAUUUCGUUCGCCCAUUAAAAAGUCAAUAUAGCGGUCAAAUUCAAAAACAACUAGAUAUAACUCCACAAUCGUCUGGCUAUGGAUCCAGCAUGUUGAAAGUAAAUGUUCAAAAUGAUCGUCCAAUGACACAAUUGAUCCAAUCUUCAUAUCAACAACAACCAAUGAAUACAUUAGGAUACUCGAAUCAACAAAUUGUCGGUGGUGGUCUAAUGGAACAACAAGUUAGAGUUCAAUUAACGCUUGCUGAUCAAAUAUGCGACGGACAACGACCUGAGACUGUUAUCCCUCAUCCAGCUACAACAAGAAAAUUCAUCGUUUGUCUUGAUAGUUCAAAAGGAGCCGAAUUAUCAUGUCCAGAUGGUUUACAUUACAGUACCGUCACAGAACCGGGCCAGACUGAAUCACCAUGUGCAUUGAACCCAUGUCUCAACGGUGGUCGAUGCGUUGAAGAAGGUUCAUCAUACAGAUGCGACUGUCCACAAGGAAUAGGUGGCACACAGUGUGAAUUGGAUGUAAGCGCUUGUCUUCAGAAUCCAUGCGGUCAAGGACAAUGUCAAAGUUUUCGAUUUGGUGCUGCUUUAACAUACGUCUGCAUUUGUCAAGGUGAUACAUAUGGUCCAAACUGUCAGCAAACAUUACCAAACCCAUGUCGAGAAGAUGAUACACUUCCAUUGGGCUUCACUGACAAAGGUUUUAUUAUAUGCGACAGUAACCGAUUUUUCGUCGAAACUUGUCCAGGUGGUUUAAUUUGGAAUAAUGGUGAAAAAGCAUGCGCAUGGCCUGGUGUUCAAAUUCAGCUCCAAGAUCAAUCGGACUACUAUUCAAAAGGCAACAUUCAAAUGCAACCAGCUCAAUAUGGUCAACUAUCUGAUCUAACACAACGACGAUCAGGCAUCGAUUCAUAUUCAGCUCCACAAUACUCGAACCAACGACUAUCACUUGACUUAUCAAGUCAACGAAACAGUGGUUAUGGAGAGAAAUUACUUCGAAACCAACCAUUUCACAAACGAAAACAUCAUAAACCAACUUUCGCCCAAGAAGAAAAAUUAUUCGAUCAACAACAAGUGCCCACAUCUGAACUAUCCUAUAGUGGUCGUCAAAUCCAACCAUUAGCCGAUAUCAGCAUCCAGCAACCAAUUGUCAGUUCUGGAUACGGUUCAUCAAGUCAAUUAAAACAACGUGACAUGCGAUUAUCUAGUGAUCUCGUUCAACAACAACGCCUACCAUCUGUUCCUCAAGGUCUAUCAACAUCACAAGAAUCACCCAUCACUGGUUAUGGCAAAUAA